GCCCCAGGAUGGAGCUGAGCUUAGACAGUCUCGGGGGGCUGCAUGGGGUGACACACGCACAGCCUGGCGAGCUGCUGAGCCCCGGCCACGUACGCUCUGCGGCCCAGCACCGUAGUCUGGUGGCCUCAGGGCGGCCGGGCCUGGUGUCCGGCAUGGCCAGCCUGCUGGACGGCGGUGGCGGUAGCAGUGGGGGUGCAGGGGCUGCAGGGGGUGCAGGGGCCGGGGGUGGUGGUGGCCCUGACUUUCGUGGGGAGCUGGCUGGUCCCUUGCACCCGGCCAUGGGCAUGCCCUGCGAGGCUCCGGGACUGGGUGGCACCUAUACCACCCUGACCCCUUUACAGCACCUGCCACCGCUGGCCGCCGUGGCCGACAAAUUCCAUCAGCACGCGGUGGCCGGGGCGCACGGAGGCCACCCGCACGCACACCCGGCCACCGGGCCACCGCCACCGCCUCCCCAGCGCCUGGCGGCCAGCGUGAGUGGCAGUUUUACACUCAUGCGUGACGAGAGGGCCGCGCUGGCGUCGGUGGGUCACCUGUACGGUCCCUACGGCAAGGAGCUGUCCACCAUGGGAUCCCCACUGUCCCCGCUGCCCAACGCGCUGCCCCCGGCUCUGCACAGCGCCCCACAGCCACCACCACCUCCUCCUCCGCCUCCGCUGGCUGCUUACGGGGCUCCGGGUCACCUGGCCGGGGACAAAUUGCUGCCACCCGCCGCCUUCGAGCCACACGCCGCGCUGCUGGGGCGCGCGGAGGACGCGCUGGCCCGAGGGCUGCCUGGAGGAGGAGGCGGCGCCGGGGGUGGCGGAGCAGGUGGCGGGGCGCCCUUGCUGGCUCCGCUGGGCGGGCUGGCUGCGGCCGGGGCGCACGGGCCUCAUUCGGGUGCUGGUGGCCCCGGAGGCGGUGGAGGUAGCGGUGGAGGUGGUGGUAGCGGACCUGGAGCCGCGGCUGAAGAAAUCAACACCAAAGAGGUGGCCCAGCGCAUCACUGCCGAGCUGAAGCGUUACAGCAUCCCACAAGCCAUCUUCGCCCAGCGCAUCCUGUGUCGCUCGCAGGGCACGCUGUCCGACCUGCUUCGAAACCCUAAACCCUGGAGCAAGCUCAAGUCGGGCAGGGAGACUUUCAGAAGGAUGUGGAAAUGGCUGCAGGAGCCGGAGUUCCAGCGCAUGUCCGCGCUGCGUCUGGCAGCAUGCAAGCGUAAGGAGCAGGAACAGCAGAAGGAGAGAGCUCUGCAGCCCAAGAAGCAGCGCCUGGUGUUCACCGACUUGCAGCGCCGCACCCUCAUUGCCAUCUUCAAGGAGAACAAGCGUCCGUCCAAGGAGAUGCAGGCCACCAUCUCGCAGCAGCUGGGGCUGGAGCUCAACACGGUCAGCAACUUCUUCAUGAAUGCGCGGCGCCGCUGCAUGAACCGCUGGGCCGAGGAGCCUGGAGCCACCACAGGAACUGCGACAGCCACUGCCACCUUCUCCAAAGCCUGA